AUGAAUAGUAAUUAUCAUGAUCAACUUUGUCAAUUCGAACAACAAAAACCAAAAUAUCAACAUCUAUAUUUAGAACUAUAUAAGUCUAGAAUCUUUUAAAUUCACGGACCAAAAUUAAAUUAAAGUGAUUCCCUCAAAUGUAGAUAAAACCAUGGUGAACAAAAUAAUAGCCAAGAAACUCCAAAUUAUCUAGAUAUCUAAGAUAAUCAAGAACAGGAAAUCAAAUUUCAACCAAAAAUAAAAGAAGAACAAUAAAUAUAACCAAAACACAAAACAUUCUCGCAAUUAUUGAAGAAAUAUCGUCUUAUUUAAAGAUUUGGAAUGAGAAGAAUACGACGCAAAGAAUCUUCUGAAGAUAUGUCCCUCGAAAAAAGUGACGAUCCUUCCUUAACAUCUAAAGGGUAUAAAGAAUGUUAAAUCUGUUUAUCAUUCAGAUAAGUUCAUUAGUUCUUGCCUUGCUAACAUGAAUUUUGUAGAUCUUGUAUCUCUGAAUAUUUAAAAGAGAACAUAGUUAGAGGCAAUGUUUUGGUAAUUUUGUGUCCAAAUUCAGAUUGUACUCAAUAAUUCAUGGAUCUUCAAAUAAAUGAACUAGUUUCUCAUGCCUUAUACGAAAAAUAUUAGAGAUUUCAUGCUAGACAACUAAUAAGUAAAAAUAAAAAUGUUAGGUGGUGUCCUAGAAUUGUAAAAUAUUUAAAAUUAAUAUCAAGGAUUGCGAAAACUAUGUAAUAGGAAAAGGCAUGAAUUUACUGAUUUGUAAUUGUGGCCAGCAAAUUUGUUUCAAAUGUGGCAAUCAAUACCAUUAUGAUAUAUCAUGUGAAUAAGCUAUGGAUGCUUAGUAUCUUCAGGUAAGGAAAGAACUCCAAGUAUAUGGUUGUCCAAAUUGCUAAGCUCCUAUUGAGAAACGAGGAGGCUGCAAUCACAUGAAAUGUUAUAAAUGUAAAUUUGAGUUUUGUUGGAUAUGUAGAGGCAAAUAUUCUUCAACUCAUUAUGGUGUAUUUAAUAUCUUUGGAUGUGCUCGUAUUAUUAUUAAUUUAACCUUUAGUUCCAGGAGGAUAAUUAUCAACUAUCUAACCUUUAAAAAACCCUAUGCUACUUAAAAUUAUGAUGGUUAUUCCAAAACUCCUAUUAACUUUGGUGUUAACAAGUGGACUAGUCAUUUUGCUGCCAUUUUAUCUUCUACACCUCGUUAUUUCAGCACCUUAUCGAAUAGUAAAAAGAAAAUCAAAUUUCAGAAUGAGUAAAUAUCGAAAAUUCACUUAAAUUGGAUUAUUUUUACUCUUCCUCUUAAUUGGAAUAAUACUAUCGCCUAUUACAAUUGUUUGCGCUAUUUUAAUAAGUCCUGUACUUUUGAUAAAUUAUAUCAUUGAAAAUUUCUGA